CUAUUAUAAGAUUUAGAUAAAAACUUAAUCUAUAGAUGGAUAUUGCGAUUACCAUAUCACAUUAAACUUAUCUCUAUGUAUUAUACCGAAGAGCAAUUAAUCAAAGGACAUUUCAACCACGAAUAUUGAUGUGGCAAGUUUUCUAAGACGCCACACAUAUCGUAAAAUGGAUUCAAACAACGUGAAUGUGGUUGAGAAUGUAAGUCGUGAGAAUCCAGGUUUCGAUUCAGCGCCGGAAUAUGACGACAGAUCUAAGAAAAUCCCACCACCAGAAUUCAACGGAACAGACUUGCCAGAAAAAGCUGAAGUUGGAUCCGCUGCUGAAAUUGAAAGGCCGACAUGGGACAACCAAUACCAGUUCCUUAUGUCCUGUAUCGCCACCUCGGUCGGUCUCGGCAACGUGUGGCGAUUCCCGUUCAUCGCUUAUCAAAAUGGAGGCGGCGCCUUUCUUAUUCCAUACAUUAUCGUACUUAUACUCAUAGGAAAACCCAUGUACUAUUUGGAAACUGCCCUUGGUCAAUUCAGUAGCAGUAAUUGUGUUAAGGUAUGGGCUUUGUCGCCAGCUAUGAAAGGAACGGGCUACGCUCAAGCUCUCAGCGCUUUCUACGUCGUCUCUUACUACAUGUCAAUCGUCGGACUUUGCCUUUACUAUCUAAUCAUGAGCUUCCAAAGUGUUCUGCCUUGGUCUGUAUGCCAACCAGAGUGGGUAGACUGCGUUCCUUCUGGAGAGGUAGCCAAUCUGUCUUUGAUACAAAACAGACCUAUAACCAGUGCUGAAUUGUAUUUCACGAAAACAAUUCUACGUCAAUCUGAUGGUAUCGAUGACGGCAUUGGUACACCAAUCUGGGACCUAACACUAAGUUUACUGGUAUCCUGGUUUAUUAUAUUCGUAAUCGUUGCAAAGGGUAUUAAAAGUUCUGGAAAAGCAGCCUACUUCCUCGCUUUAUUCCCAUAUGUCGUCUUGUUAAUAUUACUUAUCAGGGCUGUUACAUUACCCGGCGCCGAUAAAGGAAUAUUAUUCUUCAUUACACCACAGUGGACAAAACUUUUGGAAUUGAGGGUGUGGUACGCAGCUACAACACAGGUAUUCUUUUCUCUCUCCACGUGCUCCGGUGCUCUGAUUAUGUUCUCCUCAUUCAACAAGUUUUCACAGAACGUAUACAGAGACUCUAUGAUUGUGACCACGUUGGACACGUUCACAAGUUUAAUAUCUGGUAUUACUAUCUUCGGAAUUCUGGGCAACCUCGCUUUCCAAAUGGGUGAAGACGACAUCAGCACUAUCAUCAAAUCUGGGGGUUCUAGCUUGGCUUUUGUCUCCUACCCAGAUGCUAUUGCACAGUCUCCGUUUGUACCGCAACUAUUCUCCUCCCUGUUCUUCUUGAUGAUGGCUGUGCUUGGUGUUGGCUCGGGAGUGGCCUUGUUUUCGACAGUUAACACGAUCUUCCUCGACGCUUUUCCUAAAGUCCCCACAAUCGUGACGUCGGCUGUAAUGUGUUCAGCAUGCUUUUUAGUUGGACUCGUUUAUGUUACCCCGGGCGGUCAGUACAUACUAGAACUGGUUGACCACUACGGUGGAACUUUCAUGAGGCUAUUUGCUGCAAUCGUUGAGAUUAUAGGUGUCUUUUGGAUUUACGGUUUGGAGAACAUGUGUUUGGAUAUUGAGUACAUGUUGGGUCUGAAGGCAUCAGUUUACUGGCGUUUCUGUUGGGGUAUUGUGACACCACUUAUGAUGAUGACCGUUUUCUUCUACGCUUUGGUCACAUCGGAUCAGUUGAAGUUCGGUGACUACAUUUAUCCGGAUGGUGCUUACCUUGCUGGCUCAUUCCUUCAAUACUUCGGAAUAGCCCUGGUUCCUCUAUUCAUGGCAGUCACAUUUUGGAAAUACAGAACUAGCACCUUUGUUGAGACUAUCAAGACAUCGUUCAAAGCUAAGAAAACGUAUGGUCCCAGCAUUCCCCAGAAGAAGGCAGAAUGGCGUGAAUUCCGCAGUAACGCAAAGUAUGAGCGUAAUCUCAUACGCAAAAAUUGGUUCCACCACGUAGGCUUAAGCUUAAUAGGAGGGUAUCGUCGAGGCCGUAAAUAGAUCUUGUUUUAAUCUUGAAUGAAAUAUCUCGGUAUUAUAAUAAUUUAUUCACUUAUCUUCAAUAAUAUUCAUAUUGCAAUAAAUUUUAUUAAUUAACGAGACGAUUUCGUUCAUUGAGUGGGCGCGACUGCCGAGCAUGGGUUCUCAAUUUUGAAUCCGGAGGCGGUUAUAGGUGUUUUUCAAACAUUUCAUUUAUUAUUAGCACCGAUUCUGAAAUCGUGCCCGGACAAUGGUUAUAGGCCCCUAACAAAUCACCUCAGCCAACCCCCCUUCGAAUAUGACAAGGCGUGAUAUCAUGUUAUGGCAUUAACAAUCAGGUAGUUCUUGCACAACCACAUGAUUUGUGUAAGUCUAUAGUCUAGUUAAUUCUUGACUUAAUAAUACUGUGACCGAAUCUGGUUAUUAUAACAUUUUUUGAUUUUGGAAUUCUCAGUCGUAGCACGGAAUCUUUUUUUACCUUUCUUUUUACUUAAUGUGUUAUUGUAAAAUAAACAAUAAGAUAAUUAA